CUACUAACUCGUACAGGUAAGUGUCCUGGAGGCCACACUCUUAACCAUGACAUCAUGUCACCACCACCAUCCCCCCAGCACAGAAAAGGUACCAGGUGCCGAGGUGCCACACACUUUAUCAGAACACACGCCUCCCCAGCAGAUUGGCCGCAGCUGGGCCUCUGCUCGUGGCAGGCCCUUCGGGAUCACGACGUGGGUCACAUGUGGCCAAGGCCCCUUUUAUAGCCCCACCAGUCCUGCUGGCCCUGCUGUUUGCCACCUGACCUGCUGGCUGCUGCCGACCAGCUGUGCCCAUUCAUCAUGGAGAAGGUCCUCGUCCUUCUGCUUGUUGCCCUCACAGUGGCCUAUGCAGUUCCCGACCCCCGGGGACUCAUUAUCCUGCUGGAUGAGGGCGAGCUCUGCCUGAACAGCAUCCAGUGCAAGAGCAGUUGCUGCCACCGAGAAAGCGGGCUGAGCCUGGCCCGCUGCGCGCCCGAGGCCAGCGAGAACAGCGAGUGCUCCGCCAAGACGCUCUAUGGGGUUUAUUACAAGUGUCCGUGUGAGCGGGGCUUGACCUGCGAAGUGGACAAGACCAUCGUGGGCUCCAUCACCAACACCAACUUUGGCAUCUGCCUUGAUGCUGGACGUUCCUUGACUGAAACCUCCCACUAGCCCCGCCCCAGCCGCGGCAUGACGAAGGAUGCUCCUCUCCACCCUCUCCCCUUGACCAGCACCUCCAUUUUCUGAUGGGGUUCUUGGCAAUUAAAACCCUUCCU